AUGGGCCAGGGGCCCAUAUCCAGAAGUCACAGUUCAAGAGUUGGGGUCAUUUCCACAGAAGUGACGUACGUUUUGGGCGGGCUGGUGUUUGCCUGGAUUGUGGAGGAGUGGGUCUGGGAUUACGCCAUAACUGUCACACUGCUGCACGUUGUGAUGACUGUAGCAGUGAUGUCAGACUUCCCUUCAGAGGAGCACUGGUGGAUCGCUCUUGGUUCAGGCUUGGUCAUGAUGAUUUUUGGAGGACAGCUCUUGGCGUACAAACUCUUCAGGAGCAACUUUGUUUAUCCUGCUGAUCUGCAGAACUUCUAAUGAAAACAAGGAGUAAAGCUUUUAACUGGCUUAUUGGUUAAUCCCAGGUCUCAAACAUGCUAGUCGAUACGCUUUACAUUUCACUUUGAGGUUGUUUCAAUGUCUGUUAAGAACACAAACACACACACAUGCAUGCACACAUAUUUAUUGUGUACAUAUAACUAAAAUGUGUGUAUAUAUAUGUAUAAAUCUGAUAAA